AUGGCCUUGUCGGGGACCGACCUGGCGAAGCAGCUUGCAGGGUACAAGUCAGUUGACGACCACGUCACCAGCGGGAUGGUGGUGGGCCUCGGCACGGGUUCGACUGCUUACUUCGCUGUUGAGAGAGUCGGGCAGAAGUUGGCGAGCGGGGAGCUCAAGGACAUCAUCUGCAUCCCUACCAGCGAGAGGACAAGGGAGCAGGCAGAGAGCCUCAAGAUCCCCCUCUGCACCCUCAACGAGAAGUCCGUCCUCGACGUCGCCAUCGACGGCGCUGACGCUGUCGACCCCAACCUCGCUCUUGUCAAGGGAGGAGGAGGAGCGCUCCUCCGCGAGAAGAUGGUGGAGGUCAUGGCCAAGAAGUUCGUCUGCAUUGUCGACGACUCCAAGCUCUGCAAGGGCCUUGGCCCCUCCUUUGCCCUCCCGGUUGAGAUCACUCCCUUCUGCCACAUGCACACCUUGAGGACUAUCGCCGCCCUCCCAGAGGUUGCUGGCUGCAAGGCCGAGCUCCGCCUGGGAAAUGUCGCCACCGGCGCCAAGAAGGACGGGGACAAGCCAGCUGUGACAGACAACGGCAACUACAUCGUCGACCUCUUCUUCGAGACUCCCAUCAAGGACGUUCGCGCGGCUGCCAAGGCGCUCAAGAACACAGUCGGAGUCGUCGAUCACGGACUGUUCGUCGACAUGACCUACCAGGUCAUCGUAGCUGGCAAGGACGGCAGCUGCAGGGUCGCUGGACAGGGAGGAGACAAGCCCUGGUGGUGA